CUAGUACUUCGGCACAUACUACCGCUACUGCAAAUAUCGCCGUCACAACAAAAAAUCCGUCCACUGCAAGCACGAAUACUAUCAGAAUUACAUUCACCAUCAAAAUCACAUCCACCACCAAACCCCCAACCACAACCAUGCCGUCCAUCGCAACCAUCAAGAAGACGACCAAUUCGCGUCAAGCACCCUACGCAUCCCGCUCCUCAUUCACAAAUUUCGGCCUCAAACAAAUCCGCACCUGCGCCCUCGAUCCCCACCAAGACAGCUGCUCGAUCUGUCUCGAACCAUUUGCGGAUACCGAGCCCGCUACAAAGAUUAUAAGAUGUGGACAUGUUUUUCAUGGCCUAUGCUUGAAAACAUGGCUUGACUCCUCAAAAACACCAACAUGUCCAAUGUGUAGAGCAGAACUCUUCAUCUUGACUCCACCGUCGAGAAGAUGGAGGAGGAGGUUCAGCAACAUCGACAUAAACAACAUGGACCAUCAAAACCACAACCUUCAAAAUGGAAGUGAAAGUACAAAUCCCCGGCGAGGUCUCUACGACAGAAGGGGUGGCGUGUGGAGCAUACCCAGUCUCCCGCGUGAAAGAUGGCAUCCAGAUUUGGAACUACUGAUGAUGGUGGAGAGCGCUCCGGGUGCUAGGACGCAGGUGAUUGAUAAUGUGGCGAGGUGGAGGAUGAGUGUGUGGGAGGAGUGGAGGGAGGCGAGGGGGAGGAGGGAACAGAACGCUAUGGGUGUGGAGGAGGCGCCUUUGGAUUAUUGAUGGGAAGGCGGGGCAACUACGUUGGUGGGAUGGAAGGUAUGGGAAUGGGGAUUUGGGGUGUGUGUAUUCUGUAAAUGGGGUUUGAAGUUGAGAGAUUCCAUGAGACUACGGGGUUGGAAUGGAGGUAGUUUGACGAUGUUUGAGUGGUAUGUAUUCUGCAAACACGCUUUGAAGUUGAGAUUUUCCAAGGAACUACGUUGUUGGAAUGGAGAUUGUAUGAUGCCUUUUGAGGUGCAUGUACUCUGCGCCCAUGUUUCGAAGUUGAGGAUCCUCGGCCUGAAUGGCUUGCUUAUGAG